CAGCAUAUAGUCACAUCUCAUCUGUUGACUCUGUGCUGUAGCUAACCAACUAGCGUUAGCUGUGAGUAAGCUGCGCUAAAGUAGCCUGUGGAUAAUUGUUUACCUACUGAGCCAGACCGCUUACUUUGGGAGCAUUCAGAAGAAGAAGAAGGAACAAUGUCGAAUGAUCUUGCCGGUGUGUGGGAGGUGGCACUGAGUGAUGGAGUCCACAGGAUAGAGUUUGAACACGGCACGACCACCGGGAAGAGGGUCAUCUUGGUAGAUGGAAAGGAGUUACUGAGACGGGACUGGAUGUUCAAACUUGUGGGGAAGGAGACAUUCAAUGUGGGCAAGUCGGACACCAAAGCCACCAUAAACAUUGAUGCCGUCAGCGGGUUUGCCUAUGAGUACACAUUGGAGAUCAACGGGAAGAGCCUGAAGAAGUACAUGGAGAACAGGUCAAAGGUCACCAGCACCUGGGUUCUUAACUUGGACGGUACUGACAGCAGGGUGGUGCUGGAGAAAGACACCAUGGAUGUUUGGUGUAAUGGACAAAACAUUGAGACUGCAGGGGAGUUUGUGGAGGACGGCACAGAGACACAUUUCACGCUGGGGGACCACAACUGCUGCGUGAAGGCUGUGAGCAGCGGGAAGAGGCGAGACGGCAUCAUCCACACGCUGCUGGUGGACGGCACGGAGAUAGCCGAGUGCACCGAGUGACUGUGUGAAUGUGUGUGAACACUUGUAUGAAAGCAGAGACUCUUUGAAUCUGUGAAACAGACAGAGGGUGAAGAGGAGGAGUCCUUGAAGGGACAAUAAUACACACUCCUAUGGCUUGAUGGCCGUGCUUUGGAGCGUAAUUUAGCCAUAUAUUGGUACUGUAAGGGUUGUUCUGUAAGUAAAGGGAUAGUUUGGAUGUGUUAAAGUGGAGUUUUAUAAGGAAUCCAUAGUCAGUCAAAACUAGCCAAAGUCUCACAAUAAGCGAUCCUACUAGCGAUUGACCAGCAACUCCUUUGUUCUGGGAGGUUACAUUUACUGUUUUUGUCCAUGAACACAUUUUUUUUAAUUGUUGUGAUAUUGUUCAUUUCCCUCUGUGGGCCGAAUACAUGUGUUCUGAUUGUGGAGUCUGGUAGCUUUGAAGAGAGCAUAGAUACUCCUUCAGUUCUUCUUUGGAGGCAAUGUAAAGUGGUGAAAACAUUCUAAAUACAGUGUUUUGAUCUUUACCUAUUUAGGUUGUCCUUUAUUUUAGGUGUCUAAAAGAUCUAUUGCUGCAGCAGUAGAUACUCCUUUUCCAUUAUUCCUGUCUGUUUCCCAAACUAAGAGCAUGCCAACCUCCAUCUGUAGGUAAUACACUGACUGAAUAGUUACCUUGUGAAACCCCAAUUCAAACUAUUUGAACUUUCUCUUUAAAAGAGUAAUAGGCAAAGAUAGAACCUGCUGUUUUAGAAAUAAGGGUGCAACCAAACGUCCGCACCCAAACAACAAAAACAAUACUGUCUUAAAGAUGUUACUUCACACUGAAAAUCUAUUUUGAGCUGUACUUUAUAUGAAUAGUUCAAUUUCAGCAAUAUGAUGAGCAUUAGAGGCCAGAUGUGCCAUAUAUAUGUAACUCAGCCUAGCUCUGUUGUCUUUCUGUGUGAAACGCUGGAGUCAUUUUGUGAACAACCAACCUAUUCUCCCUCAUCAUGCUCGCUAUAUUGUAUUUUUUCAAUCUUUCGCAUUUGGAGGAUUUAAUAACAGGGUUGAAGAUGAUUCCUUUAUCGUAGCAUCAUUCCAGCGUGCACUGCUCAGGAGUGAUCUGUGUUUGGAUCUAUGUUAAAUGGUCUUUGUAAAACUGGUGGAUGUUACAGGAAUAUGUAUUAGCUUUUAGCAGACUGGUGUAGGUGUGUUAAAAGACCCGAGGGUGCUUUGCCUACUAUGUAACGGCUUCAUAGACAAUCAUGCUAUCAGUCAGAAGAAACAGUUAAAGUAAAUCACUCAUAAGGAGACUUACGUCAUCCUCGAGAGAAGUGUGAAAUCCUGUUGUGCUGUCAAAUGAUGAGUCUCGUUUUGUAUGUUAAAGCCAGAUGGUUACAUAUAAAUAAUGUUUUUUAUAAAAUCCUAGUCACUAGGUUGAGGUUAUAUGUUUCACUUGCACUGGUAAAAUAUAGCUAUUAUUCUCAAACAUGAACCCAUUUGACCAAUCGAUUAAAAUACUUAGCUUAUUAAGGUAUGCCAAGGUCCCUGUGACAACUGAUUAUUGAUGAUGCAGCUGCAGAGAGCUGGGUCAUUCCAGAGUUAGAGGACAUCGAAACUUUUGUUUUAUUAUUCUUUGAAAGUUCAUAGGUAGGAAAGACAAUGUCCUCCAAUUCUGAAAUGUCCCAGAUACUAACUGAGAGUUACAUUUAUUAUGAGUGGAAUUAUUUCCAAAGUAGAUGUUUUCCAACAGAUGAUCUAUUGUGUUAUUAAGAAUAUGAAGGACUUUCCAUUAUGGCUUUCACAUGUCCUGUAUUUAAACUGUAUCUCCACACAUGUAGUGCAUUUUGUUUACUGUUACAUGUACAUGUUUGUAUUUCAUUUCAAUAAAUCCAUUUAGCUGGAUCAGG